GGUUGCUAAGUGCAGUUGGGAUAUAUACUGCCAUGGAACUAUUCAAAAUUGUAGCACGGGAGACAGAAAUUAGUGUGUUCCUUUGUUUUUUUUCGCCUCUAAAGAUUGGGUGGGGGGAUCCCACCAUUGCAUAUCCUCAAGUAUCUUAAUGUUCCGUAAUAGCUGUCAAGAUAUAAUGGUCACAUGUUUACGUGGGUUAUGCCGAGGAGUGAGAUCCAUCAUAAAUAUGUUUUAUUUUGUCCUGUUCCGUAUCUCCCAGCUUUAUAAUUAUCCCGAGUUUAUGGAAUCCAAUACUAAACAGAUCUCGCCAUAGACUUCUCCACCUUUUCCUUGCCUUCCACUUCACAGCCUGUCAAGCUUGGAUUAUUUUUGGAUUGCUUUUGUUGUUUUCCUAAUCGAUAGCUGGGCUGCUCAUCAGCUCAUGAGCAGAGAGAAGAUAUUGGUCCUUCUCAAGCAGUCUCUAAAGACACACCCUAACUUGGAUUUUUUCUGCCAAUUAGGAUUCCUUGGCAACGCCAUCAUGAUUAAAUUCUUCAUGAUGGGAAACUGGAUCAUGACCUUAUUUUGCUACCUAUGGUGAUGACAUAUGGAGGAUUGUAGAAGGGGCAGGAGAGGAGGAUGAUGCUGGAUAAGCUGCAGAAUCCCAGUUUGCAGGCAUGGGAACUGUACUUCAGCACCCACUGAAUUCAUUCACCACCUUGCCGAAGAACUACGAUGUGGUAAAUAAAAGAUUCAGCAAUUCAUAUACAGGAACCAAUUAUGAGUGCAAACUAGGCAUCCGAAUCGGCUCGAAGCUGUUUCUGGAGCCCAUGGACAGAGAUUCAGUAAGGAAGAUGAUGCUGAAACAAGAAGGAAUUUUUAAACAGCAGGUGAGGGAACUCCACCGGCUUUACCAUGCUCAGAAGCAGUUAAUGGCUGAGAUCAGAAGUGAUGAGGGGACACAUAGUUCGUUUUGUCGUGAUAACAGGCAUCAGUCUACAUCCCAGUUAGGUUCCAAGGAUAGUCGUCUAGACCAGUACGAAUCAUGGGAAACCAUCUGCUUUAAUGGCUCCGUAAGAAAGCCAAAAAGCUUCAAUCUUGAACAACCUGCGGUGGAAACCAAUGAAAACAUUGCACAUAAUCAGGCUUCCGGCUUAUGGAGGCAUUUAAGAGAGAGGACAACAAUGGUAGGUCCAGAAAUUGACACUGAUGUUGAACUUACUCUAAGCAUUGGGUGCGGUGCAGAGAGGAAGAAACCGAAACAUGGGCUUCAUCUGGAUAGGGAAAUCGGCUGCUCUGUUUCAGAUCCCAGUGAGACCAAGCAGCUCGCGCCUGUUGGACAAGACAGAACAGAGGAAGGCAGUGAUUUCCCUGUGAGCUCGAAAGAGGAGAGCUUGCGAGGGCCACGCAGAGAUUUCCAAGGUCCGAGCUUGAACUUUGAAGAGGAAAUGGAUUCAAAUACCUGGAUGCGUUGAUGAAAUACAUUGAGGUACUGCUUAAGUAUUAAGGCUCCAUUAGAGUGAAAAGGAACAUCGAUCCCGCAUGCAUAUUAUCUUCUGCUCAAAGAAUCUUCCAGUUUAAUUUUUCCAUGUAUAUUUAUUGGUUUUAAUGGAUUGCAAGAUUGAUUGCACUCAUUUGAGGUAGCUCAUUGAUCUAACAAACUGCAGAAGUUUCAAAGCCAAGUCGCCAUUCAUUUGAGGGUUGAUAACAGAAGGACCAUGAUAGAUGACAAAUGUUUGUUUUAUGUCUUUCAACUUCAGUAAUGAAAUUGUAGCCAGCGCCAUUCUUCUGUAUUAGUACUCCUUGCUUGCUGCUUUGCUAUAUCACCAGUGAAAUUUUUUCUACUCAAUAUAUCUCCUUUUUUGUUAGAUUUAUCUUUCUGACAAGGAAAUUACAAUUGCUCAAUCUUUUAGAAA